CAAACGUAAAAUCCGAAUUUCGCCCUUUUCGCAUUUCGCAAAACCCUAAACCCAAGAGCAAGAGAGGCAAAGGCGGUGCAGACAGAAUGGCGAAGUCGAUGAGAUGCAAGAGAGAGAAGAGGCUGAGAGCCAUUCGGAGAGAGAUGGUGGAGCCCUACUACGACAAGAAAGACGAAGCUAAGCUCGCUGCCCAGGAAGCUGCCCUCGCUGCCCCUAAGCUGCCCGUACGGCCCCCGCCUAAAUCCACCUCUGCUAUGGAGGUCAACACCACUGACGGCGCCUCCGCAUCCACAAGCAACAUGGAUGUGGACAUGGAUGCUGUCAAUGAAAGAAUAGCUGCAUUGAAGCCUGCUGGUGGGGUAUGUAAGAAAUCCAAAAGGGUGUUCAAGGUGGGCAAAAGAAGGCGCCACGGCAAGGGAGGAAAGGUAAAGAGGCGUCAUAUUUAACUCUUUGAGAGAAGAUCAGAAUGCCCGGUUGUAGCCCAAUGUGAUAACGUUGUCUUUAAGGCCGUCUUGUAUUCGGGUCUUAUUUUAUAGAUAUUUGAGAGUUGUCAUCUGAAAAUUGUAAUCGAGCACAUGUCAUAUGUUAACUUUGGAUUUAAGCGGCACUUUUGGAUGAUCUUGUGUUGAAAUUACCCUUAUUCUCUAGGGAUCCAAAUUGUUAAUGCCAUUUUGUUCUGA